AAUUUUUCUAUAAUGUUUUGGCCGUCCUAAACGCAGUGAAACAGGCACAAAGUCUUUUUGCAUUGGCCUAAUCAAAACGAGCGAGGGAACUCUGACGGAGACGACGAGAAUUUGCAGCCAUGGCAGAAGAUCUGGUGCUGGAUACGGCGAUAAGAGACUGGGUACUGAUCCCUCUAUCCGUAGUUAUGGUUCUUAUCGGCGUACUCCGCUACUUCGUCUCCAAGCUCAUGCGCUCGUAUCAAGUUCCCGAUGCCAAGAUCGUCAAAGAAGGCCAAGUAAUUGUCAGGGCUCGGAAUUUGCGCUCUGGCGCUAAUUUUAUACCUUCUAAGGCAUUUCGUGCUCGUAGGGUUUAUUUCAGCAACGAGGAAAAUGGAUUGUUAUUUGUUCCGAAAGGCCAGGCACAAAAUGCACAAGCACAAAUGUUCUCUGAUCCAAAUAUGGCCAUGGAUAUGAUGAAGAAAAACCUUUCUAUGAUUAUACCUCAGACUCUUACUUUUGCUUGGGUCAACUUUUUCUUCUCUGGAUUUGUUGCAGCUAAGAUACCCUUUCCUCUGACUCAGAGGUUCAGGUCAAUGUUGCAAAAUGGGAUUGACUUGAGCACUGUUGAUGUUAGUUAUGUCAGUAGUCGCUCAUGGUAUUUCCUUAAUUUGUUUGGAUUAAGGGGUUUAUUUAGUCUCAUUCUUGGUGAAGAAAAUGCUAUGGAUGACACACAACGCAUGAUGCAAAUGAGUGGGUUCGGCUUCGAUCCAACAAAGAGCUUGAGUGCUGAGAAAGACAGUCUAGACAUAGUUCAGCAUGAAUGGGCCCUGCCCAAAUUUGAGCAGCGUGCUGAAGCAGUAUUGAGAAAACUUGUGAGUUGAGCAUUGGCACAUAUAGCAAAUUCACAAUUAAUGGAGCAUUUACAUGUUGGGGUUCCCAGUUCUUUCUUUACAUUCUGAAUCACAAGUCUGCAGCAGCUUAAGUCGACUACAGUUUUAACAAUUACAAGAGCUGGUGAAUUCAUCGUUGUAGUAUUGAGAAUGAAUUCAUGUUAGCCGUGACCAUUGAAGAAAAUAUUCGCAUUGCUUGUUUUAACAUUUUUUUUUCUUAAAUUGAAUUUAGGUUUUUUGUUUUGCUAAAAUUAAUUUGUAUGUGAAAAUAGUUUAUGGGAAAAUGACCUAAUUUCUGUUUUUGGGUGGCAA